ACACGAGAACACUAUCUGUGAGUUGUGCACUACCUUUGACAACCAUGCUGUCUCGAUGUACAUGUGUUCUUUAAGUUGUGUGUGAAAGUUGUUUAUAUGAAGUAAAGAGUUUGUUAUCAAGUAUGGAAUCUCAUAAAAAAACUACUUCUCAGUCGAUAUUGGAAUUAGUUAACCCGGUUCCUGUGUCAUUCGAUCCGGAAGAUGACAUAAACAUUGAUAGUGCAGCCAAAGUAGUAGAAAAUUAUCAGGAAGAAUUCAGUGACGACGACAUAGUGAUAUCCAAGUUUAAGAAGAGCGUAGAUUUAUUAGAGGAUCAGGAUGCCAGGUAUUCAGGCCGGAAAGUGUCUCGCAAGUCUCUGGGUGCUGAGCCACGAAAAAAUGAAGUUUUCGUACCGGGACCCAGCAGCAACGAUGAUAACAGUAGCAGCGAAGACGAGGCCGGGAAUGAAUCGUGGGAACGCGGCGAUUCUGGCGAGAGCGAAAAUGAUGCAGAUUAUGGAAAUAGUGAGCAAACUACUGAUGCUGCCACGGAUGACGAAGCCGUGGACACUGGCAGUUCUGAAGAAAGCGAAGACAGUGCAACAGACGAUUCUUUCAGCAUUACUGGUGAAGCCAAACACCUCGCCGAAAACAAACAGGUGUCAGAUAUUGGGAGUGACACCUUUCAGCAUGUUUCGAACAGAAAUACAAAUCUAGAAAUUGAGAAGGGCAGAUGUGUUAGAAAUCAGCUUAGAAUGUGGGACAAUUUACUUGAAUGUAGGAUUCACCUUCAGAAGUGUUUGUUGACUGCUAACAGAAUCCCAUCUCAUGCAACGUUUGAAGAUUAUAAACAGAAAGGCGGAACACAGUUGAAAGAUGCAUUGAAUAAGACCCAAAAUUUUGUUACAGAUUUGCUUGAGAAAUUUAUUGUGCUACGUGAGAGUUUAUUAAAGUCAUUCCCCGAAACCAGGAAUUUGAAAUCCUCACAGGCAGGUUCAGAAAGUGCUGACGAGGAAAUACCAAGUGAUACAGAAGAAGAUGGAGAAGCUGAAGAUGUGCUUGAAGAACACGUAGAAGACAAAUCGUUGUAUGAGCCUAAAAUUAAGAAACGAAAGAUUGAUGAUUAUGGAACAUUGUUAGAUACUCAGCAUAAAGAAUACCUGGAGUAUCGUAACAGUACUAUUCAGAAAUGGAAUGAUAAGACUCGUGUUUCAAGUGGAAAAAUUAGCAGCAGAAAUUUUUCAAAUUUUGAACAGUCUACUUUAAAACAAAUUGAGCAGAUUUUGAGCAAUCGUCAUCGACUUAUUCAAAGAACGCAACUUAAGCGAUCAACAUACUCCCCUAUAUGUCAGGAGAUACAGGAAGAUGAGAAUGCGAAAAACGAAGAACCAAAAGAGUCGGAAAGAUUAAAAGAAUACGAUCCAGAAGUAUUUGAUGACAGUGAUUUUUAUCACCAGUUGCUUCGAGAAUUGAUAGAACGUAAAACUGCGGGUGUUACGGACCCAGUGCAACUUGGCCGACAGUGGUUAGAGCUUCAGAAGCUAAGAAGCAAGAUGAAACGGAAAAUAGACGUACGAGCAACCAAGGGACGGAGAAUUAAAUAUGUUGCGCAUCCAAAAUUAGUUAAUUUUAUGGCUCCUAUAGCGGAAAGCAGUUGGACAGAUGAAGCAAAAACUGACCUAUAUAAUUCUUUGUUUGGAAAAAAGAAAUUGUAAUUACAAUUUCUGUAUGUACAUAAAUGCAGUAAAUGACAGUAUAAUUUGGUAUAGAGUUGUCGUAAUUUCAUGUAAAAAUCCUGAAAUUCUUAUGCUUUUGCUACCAAGGAAGUGUCUCAGUUUACCAAAUCACAUGUGUGAAUGGUCUAAUGAUAGCCUUUUAAAACAUGGAUAUAACUUAUAUCAAUUGAUACUGUAAUUAUGGUUUUAAGUCCAUAAAAGAAGACUGAAAUUUAUUUGGGUUUUGUUUAACCUAUCAACAUCGAAUGAAUUGGUGGGUCUAACAAGUGUGAUAUAGAAGCAGCUUGGUGGCAAUUCAAAGAAUUAUUCAGAGAUUAGCCAGUGGUCGAAGAUUGUGUGUCUCUUUCUGUGUUACUGAUGUGGCUAGUCAAAGGAGAUAAUCUGUGUUGGUAUCUCCUUUUUUUCACUUUGGUUCCAUUAGGCAGAGUCAAAUAAUGUAGGCCUAAAUUAGACAUCUUAGCACUCAGUUAAUGACUUACCACUGUCUGUCCUGCAGUUUCAUAACUAUCUGUGCAGUGCUUGUGCAAAUGCAACACUUUUCACAGUCUAAUAAAGUGUGAUAGAGAGA